UCCAUGCCUCCAUUGCCCUGCCGAUCAACGCUGCUCAGCCUCCCAUCGUGUAUUUAUACGCUUCGUCUCCUCUGCAAAUUCAUUCUCAUCAAUCCAUCAAUUCAUCAAUUCACAACUCCAUACAAUGUCUUUCCGUCUGCUUCCUCUCUUCCUCUCCCUGGCCUCCGCUGCCAAACUCUACGCCACCCACUACGACGGCAACGUCUACUCUCUAUCCCUCGAUCGCUAUAAUGGCAAUUACUCCCUCACUGUCGCGUCCUCGCUAAAGGCCUGCGGAGAAAUGCCUAGCUGGGUCACCUAUGACGCCGACGAUCGCAUCCUCUACUGCUCCGACGAGUCGGGCGAUGUCAAGACCCAGUCCUCGCUGUCUGCUUUCACUGCUGCCGAGGAUGGAAAGUUGACUCAAACGGCCAAAGCAAAGGCCGUGGGCGCUGGUGUCGACAGUGUCAUCUACAAUGGCACCAACGGCGACCAGUACAUCGCCAUUGCGAACUAUGGCGCCGCUGGUAUCUCUACCUUUGCUCUUCCAUUGGAAGACAACUCCAAGAUCCUCCAGACCGUCCACUACAACCUGACUUCCCCUGGCCCCGAGGCCCAGCAAACUGCAUCGCACCCUCACCAGGUCUUCCUCGACCCUACCGGCGACUUCCUUCUGUCUCCCGAUCUGGGCGCCGACUCCCUUCGCGUUCACUCCAUCGACAAGAAAUCUGGCAAGCUCAACACUUGCCCUAGCCUCAAGUUCCCCGCUGGCUCGGGUCCCCGUCGUGGCGUCUUCUGGACCGAAAAGCCCUCGCCUCUGAGGAAUCAACUCAACAACCGCAACUGCGAAGGCAAGACUUUGCUGUACACGGUCGACGAGUUGGACAGCUCUCUGCACGUGUUUGACGUUACCCACAACCACCAGAGCGGCUGCCUUGGCUUCAAGAAACUUCAGACCAUGGUGCCCUACCCCAAGGGAGAGCUGCCCAAGGGUGCUACGCUGUCCGAGCUCCGUCUCGUCGGUGAUAACCUCUAUGUCUCCAUCCGUACCGACCACGGAUUCGCUCCCAAUGACUCCAUCUCCACCCUGACUCGUGCUGCCAACGGCACCGUCGCUUUCAAGGACAGCACCUCUUCAUACGGCACUGUUCCCCGCACCAUGGCCAUCAACAAGGCCGGUGAUCUGAUCGCUGUUGGAAACCAAGCUUCCUCUAAUGUCGCCAUCGUCAAGAGAGACGUCAAGACUGGUAAGCUGGGAGGCAAGGUCGCCGAUGUGGCUGUCGGAACCCCCGGCAAGGUUGGAUCAGCCCAAGGUCUCAGCAGCAUCGUCUGGGCCGAAUAAACUCGUCACUCCAUCUAUUUCAUAUUAGCUUGGAAAUCUGUACCAUCUUCAAGAUACCCUGCAAUCAUCAUUUCAUUAGUCAUCAAUUAGAUCAAUCAAUUAAAAUUUGCAUCAAUCAAAUAUCCCAGAAAUUCAUGAAGAUGUUCUUGUAUAUUGAUGCCAAGGUAUCAUUGAUAGAUAUGCCACAUCUUGACCCUUCAAAUAUCAC